AUGUUUGCGGAUGAUACCCAAAUUGCAACAUUAAGUGAUGAAAUUAAUGUAAUCACUGAAACAUGGAAUAGAGAUUUAAACAAUGUUGCAAGUUGGCUGUCGACAAAUAAAUUAACUCUAAACAAUAGUAAAACCGAAUAUAUGAUAAUUGGUUCCAAGAAAAGGCUUAGUCAAGUGCCUACCGAUCGUGCUAUCAACGUAGGUAACUUAAAAAUUAAGACAGUUGAGACGACAAAAUCCUAUAAUGAUAGACGAGUCUCUAAACUGGACUGCGCAUGUCGAACACAUUUCAAAAAAGAUCAUCUCAGGCCUCGCUAUUCUCAGACGAAUCCGAGAUAUAGUUCAAUUCAAUACCUUAAUAACAAUAUACCAAUCCAUAAUUGAAACUUAUUUCGAUUAUUGUGUUCAAGUGUUGGAAAACAUUAGCAGCUAAAGCAUAAAAAUUACACAACAGAGCGUUUAGAAUAAUCACACGUGAGAAUUACACGACACGAUCAGCUGAUAUAUUAAAUAAGCUAGGAGUUCCGAACCUCGAGAAAAGAAGAAUGCAACAACUUUCAAUUUUCAUGUACAAGGUAAAAAACAGACUGGUCUCCGAUUACUUGUGUGAUAUGUUGAUUAAAUAAGAAUGUGGAUUACGUACCCGACCAUAACACAAGACAGUCGGGAGCCGAUUUGACAUUGCCUAAACCAAAAUCAAAUAAUAUGAAAAAUACGUUCUCCUAUAGAUGUACGGAAGUGUGGAACUGCCUUUUCUACAUCGCUAAAAGCAUCGACAACUAUUGCUAAUUUAAGUUUAACUUGAAACAUGCAAAUUAACAUCAAUUUGUUUCUAUCUAUUUUAAAUAAUCUUCUUGUAAAUGAUAUAUUUCUUAUUUCUACUUGUGUGAGCAUGGCCGGUUGGAAGAUUACCAUUUUUCUUUUUAAUUUGAGUUUAUUUUUAUUAGGUGAAAUUGUAUCGUGUUAAAAUAUUUGUUCAUAAUAUUCCAACAUUCCCGCGUGCAUUAUCACACCAUAAACGCACGCGACUCGUCUUUUAUUUCUUAAUUGUCGAGCGAAAAUUAUAAAUACAUAUCAAAACCUAACCGGGAGCAAAUUCGAAUAAUGGAACGAUAAUGCUGGCUACUCCCUUGUGGCUGAAAUUGAUCGAACAUGUUGCCAUUCGAUUCCGUUGCAGCGCUCUGGCAUUUUCUAAGAUACGAAGUAAAUUUUCCAAGAGCCAACCACGAAGUCAAGUCAUGCUAUUUUACAUAAUUCAACAUUUGUAUUUCGAAAUAAACACUAUAUCGUUCAAAGAUCAUGUCAUUACGAUCAUUCACUCAGAUAUUUGUUUUAAUUUUUACAGAGAAAUCGAUAGCUGUCCGGUUACAAGGACCAUUAAGUUCCAAUGGUACUGGUCGUGUGUUGAUAUUCUACAGUGGCCAAUGGGGAACAAUCUGUAAUGAUAGUUGGGAUAUAAGUGAUGCUCAAGUUGUAUGUCGUCAACUUGGAUAUAAAGAUGGUUUCAAAACUUUUGGAGGAGGUAACGUUUUUCGUGGUUCCGGAAAGGUAUGGUUAGAUGACGCCAACUGUACUGGAAGUGAACAAAGUUUGACCAGUUGUUUACAUAGCGGAUGGGGAAAUCAUAAUUGCAGCAGCAGUGUGGGCGUGGGGGUUCAGUGUUCUUUUACAGGUAAAUUUACUGUACAUGCACAAUUAAAUACACUUUAUAUUUUUCAUGAAAUUAUGCCGUAUGUCAAUCACGGAGCAGUACCGCAACAACUGACUGUACCUUAAAUGUACAACGUGACAAUGUAUAUAGUAUUUAUACAUUUUCUGUGGAUCAAUGAAGAGGAGUUGAACAGUUAGUAAUUUAUAAGUAUUGGUUUUGCUGUGUCUCACAAGAAUAUUUGUGCAGAAUAUUUUACUGUUUAUUUUUAACUUACCACCAAAAUAUUCGAGCGUCGUCAGUACCUUCGUUGAAACAUCGGAGCAAGACGUGUCUUUAGAGCUCCGCUAUUUUCGAAAAAAAGUGUUAUAUAGAUAUAUCUUUCUAAAAUCUUCGGUUUAGAUUGACGUAAGAAUGUUAAUGUAAUGCCUCCAAAGAAAAAAAUAAAAUUAAAUGAUUUAAACGACGACGAACACGCUGCAGACUCCAAUUCGGGCGAUAGUACCAACUUAGCAACGCUUCAACGAGAUCUACAAGCUAUAAUUGAUCGUCGUUUUAAACAACAGACAGUUGAAAUGAACGAUCUCUUUAUCAAGGAUUCAAAUUCGACUAAAGCCGCUUUAGUUGAAAUAAAGGAGAGUCAAGGAUUCCUCACAGCAAAAUUUGAAGAGCUAGUCAGCAUUAUAAAUGAAGUUAAGGUAAUUCCGCAGUAAUUGUUCCCGAAAUGAGAAUGUGCUUAAACUUCCCAGGCAUGGAGUUUAUGAUAUACUUAAAGUAAAAUCACACAAAAAAAGUCGGGGUUACCGAACUCGUUAAGAAGAUAUGACAAUCACAAUACACCACCUUUACCCGAUAUGGCGCCAUCUUGACGCUCAUUACGAGUAACAACAAAAUCAGAACAGCCCGAUAUAUUUAUUGACGUUUUUAGCGCGGAAUUUGCUUUAGUAGCUAAACCUAUCUUGUAAUUAUUUUUGAAAAAUUAUUGUGUUUUGAGCAAAAUGAAACUACUAACGUGUACAAUUCUGAUCCACAAAUGUCUUUUCCACAUUUCUUUACAUAUCUUUCUUUGAGAACAUGCAUUGAUAAAGGAUUUUUUUUCAAGAUCCAGAAAUGAUUUUUCUUUUAAUUUCGGAUAUGAAAUGUAAAAUGCAUUAAAGAAAUAAAUUAUCAGUUAAAAAACGGGGGUCACCGAUCUUUUUAGGGACUUGUGGCAUUAAACCGUGAAAUAAAAGUAAAUAAAUAUACUACAGACACAGUGAACCCUAGCUACACUUUUGUAUGCAUUUUUUGAAAACAUUGAUUUUAACAUAAUUCUUUGCACGAAUUAGUGUAACCAAAGAUGUUUUGAAGUAACAUAAAAUUGUCAUAAAACGAUUUUGUUUUAAACGGUACGGAUAAUAGAUGAAAUUAUAAGUUAUAAGAUGUGCGCAGUAAAAGUGCGCAAUGCAAAACUUCGGAAUUACCUUAAGACAGAGAAUAGCAAAUUGCAGAAAGAAAAUGAUAAUUUACAUCAACGGGUUAAGGUCCUUGAGGAAAAAUUUGCAAAACUGAAAUGGACGUUGAAAACCUACGUCGUUAUUCACGCAGGGAUACUCUCGAAAUUCAAGGUGUUCCCGUCGCUGAAGGCAAAAAUACCAACAGUAUUGUUCUCGAGGUCGCACGGCUAGCUGUCCCUAAUUAUGUUUUUGAUGAGUCUAUGCUAUCAGUAAGUCAUCGCCUGCCUUCAACAAGAGGUAAUAUUCCUACAAUUAUCGCUAAAUUUGUUAGGCGGGACAUACGUAAUAUGAUUUAUAGUAGGAGACAAAAUCUUAUUUCCAAGUCAAGCACGGACCUUGGCUUUUCUACUUCAAACCGUAUUUACAUUAAUGAAAGCCUAACGCCUCAGAGCCGAGCUAUAUUUGGAGAAGUGAAGAAAUUCCGAAAUCAACAUCAUUUUAAAUUUAUCUGGACAAGGAACGGAAAAGUGUUUCUGAAGAAAGACGAAAGUCAACAAUCAAUCGCAAGUGUUUUGGAUUCGAUGGAAGAGUUUGAAAAGUUUAGAAAAAAUUUCCUUCGUCAAGGAUAGUUCUGUACAUUUCUCAGCUAAGUGAUUUAGUUGUGUGUUAAUUACUAAUUACUUUCGAGUCUUCUAUAAAUGCCAUUAAUUCAUUAGACGUUGAAAGUUUUCAAUUAGAAUUGUAUGAGAUGUCUCAUGGUAGACUGAACUUUGAAGCCGAAAGAUUAUUGAGUCUGAAGUUUAACACAUUGCAUUAUAAUAAUCAAAAAAGCUUAACAUUAUUUCGUAACUUAGACCCGGAUUCUAAUUUUUUAGGUGAUUCUUUGAAUUGUGAUUUUUAUGCUGAGAACAGUUUAAAUAAUAUGUUGUCAAAUAAAACCACGAAUAUCAAUUGUUUAUCAUUUAUGCAUUUAAAUAUGCAUAGUUUAUGCCGCAACCUAAAUCAGUUCCAGCAGCUACUUGGAAGUAUAAACAGCAUGUUUUCCGUUAUUGGUAUUUCUGAGACUUGGCUUCAAAAUUCGACUCACCAUGUUGACAUUAAUGGAUAUAAAUUUGAGCAUAUUUGUCGGACUGAUAAGGCCGGAGGUGGCGUUGGUUUGUACAUCACUUCGGUAUUAGAAUAUAAGAUUCGCGAUGAUUUGUGUUUUGAUAAUGCACUCACUAUCGAAUCUUUGUUUGUAGAAAUUGUUAACCCUGAAGAGAAAAAUACGAUAGUCGGAGUGAUGUAUAGACCACCUAGCCAAAAUAAAGCUGAUUUUAUUUCUAAGCUUAUACAUUGAUUGGCAUAAUUUCUAGUGAAAACAAAAAUUGCUAAUGUACAGGGCCGCCCAGAGGUUGGCGGGGGCCCGGGGCAAAUUUUUUUUUAGGGGCCCCUAUCUAAAAAAAUUUUUCCGGAUAACAACCUCCCCCCCCCAGUCGCCAAAAAAUUUUCGGUCAGUGUACCAUUUUAGGGGUAAAAUUUUUUUUCCGGAGUACAAAAUUUUGCCGGACGAGUACGUUGCAAAUGCUUUCGAGGGACUUUAUCUCAUUUUUUAAUGCCAAAAUUCGGUACUUAGCCCAAGAAAACAGAUAUCUUGUUCUUUGCGCGGAAAUAUUUAACACACAAAAAAGGCUGGGGCCCUACAAAAAUUUUUCAGGGGCCCCCAGCAACUCGGAGCCCGGGGCAAUUUGCCCCCUUUGCCCCCCCCUGGGCGGCCCUGCUAAUGUAUGUUACUUUUGUGUAUUUAAAACUUAUUGAUAUCCUUCUUUUUCACGCAUGAAUUAUUUAUUAUUGUCAGAGCGAGAGCGGUAGUGUUAAUUUCAUAUUCUAA